UUUCUACCCACAGGUCACCUGCACAACUCAGAAGCCUUCAAUUAUGGUGUGGAAACCUGGGAAGCUUACAAGAGAGGAGCUUUGUCCAAAGACCUGGUUGAAGAGCAGAAGAAAGUGCAGGAAGCAGACCUGCUGAUUUUCCAGUUUCCCUUGUUUUGGUUCAACAUGCCUGCAAUCCUGAAGGGCUGGAUGGACAGAGUCUUGGUCCAAGGCUUUGCUUACGAUUUGUCAAAGGCUUAUGAUGGUGGCUUGCUCCAGGGCAAAUUAUCCCUCUUUUCGUUCACCACGGGAGGAGGCCAAGAGAUGUACUCAAAAGAAGGUAUCGGUGGUGAUAUUCGCUAUGUCCUGUGGCCCAUGCAGCAUGGAAUCAUGCACUUCUGUGGUGUCAAAGUGCUUGAACCUCACAUCUGUUAUGCUCCAGAGAAUGUCUCUGAGGAGAAGAGGAAGGAGAUGCUGGCUGCCUGGAGCCAGCGCCUGAAGACUCUUUGGAAGGAAGAGCCCAUAGACUGCUCUCCUGAGUGGUAUUUCAAGUAAUGUUCAGAGGCAAGACCACAGAGAGAAGAUGUUCUUUUUCUCCAUUCUUUUUGAUGCUCUAUCUAAAUACCUGAACACUAAUCUCCUAAUUCAAAUAUAUUUUAAGAAUCUGGAAUACUACAUCUAGCAGUUUAACUGACAACAUGGCAUUUAUUUUCAGUGAUUCCCAAGGGAUUCCCUUCAAGGAUGGGUGCAAAACUCUUUGUGUUAUUCUCCUUGUUCACAUAAAUGGUGUCAUCCUGCUUCCCUGUACUUGAUAACAUAUGUGAUAUUUCAUGGCAGAUUAUACCAUUGCUGCUUGUGAAACAGUAUGUGGCCAAGUUUAUUUUAACACUUUUUGUACCAGUUGCCACGUGUUUUUCCUUUGCCAGGGAAUAUGGUGUCCAUACUCAACCUUGAAAAGCCCAAGAUGGAUGGUGAUAGCGCUACACUUGUACCUUGGAGCAACAAAACCAUGAGUAGUGUUGCAAAAGGAUGUACCGUUGCAAAGUGUCUUAAACAGCUGGAAAGCCUUGUGGGCAGCCCUAGGCUUCUCCAGAUCCAAUCUAAGCUUCUACAGAUCCUGUCUAUAUAGCAAUAUUAAAGCUAGGAUAGAUACCAGGAAAGGGAAAGAUUAAAUAUGAAUGUAGUGAUAUGUGCAUGAUUUGCCUUCCUUUGGAGACUGCAGCUGUCUGUCUGUUGGUCAGGAUCUAUGGGACAAAUGAAUUGUCUGGCUCUUAAUAGCCAGGAUUUUUACCUGGAACUGUAGCAGGAUUAUUUUUGUGCUUUAGAGUUGUUAACCUGUUUGUGCAUAUGGCAAGGCGGUGGGGGGGGUUCUCACUUAGCUACUGAAUUUCUUGUUCUGACCAGCUCACCUAAAUGCUGCCUUUGCACUUUGAUAUUAAAAGAAUGUGGCCUCUAUGAGAGCUUGUCCCCUGAGUCACUGUCAAAUGACACCUAGGCCUCUGUGCAUCUGCCAUACCUGCUUUGUGGCAGUCUUGUCACACCCCAGCCUUACAGUUCCCUGGGGACUAACUGGGUAAUAAACAUGCUGAGGUUCUGGAGGCUCAGUGUAAGCUGAUACACCAGACUGGGAAAUGCCACACAGGGAAAGGGUCAGUGUUCCUGUUUGCUCCCAUAUGAAGUGAAGGGCCACAUCCAGCAGAGACAUUUCCCAGGAAGCAGAGCUGCCCCAAGCUGUUGCAGAUGUCUGCUGUGGGGCAUGUGAGCCAAAGUCUUUAGGCUGCAGAAGCAGGAUAUUUGCUUUGGCUCAACAGCUCUGUUAUAGGAAAAGGAAAGUGAAAGGGAGUAAGGAAAAAAGUGUUACACAUCUAAGUUGUGGGGAAAGCAGAUUCACACCUUAAAAACUUAAGGAGAACAACAAAGUUACUGAGACAAAUCUGGGGACAAAUUUUAAAAUUUCAUAGAAGGGAAAUCAUCCUUCUCACUUUGUUCAAUUAGCAGACUAUUCAGGAAAGAAUGAAAUUGAGGUAAAAGCAGAAGUUCCAAUGUCAAACCAACAUUACUGCUUUAGAUCAAUUGCAGAGCUUAGUGGGGUUAACUGUUAGAUGAAGAAUGCCAGACUGACCUGUAUUUUGAGGAUACUGUGCUUGACACUAUGUGGCAGACACAUACCAGCUCCCACACAUAUGGUAGCACUAAAUUUUAAUAAGAUGGCUGAGAUUUUUAGUACAAAGUAUGUAAAUGGUUGAGAUUAAUGCAAGUUCAGUUACAAUUAAAAGAAAACUAACACCUUAUUCUCAUUAAUGCUAAAAUUGAAGACUUCUGCUCAGAUCAAUUCAUUAUGGAGAAAAGCACUAAAAAUGUACCAAUCUUUUUGUCAAUUUCAAGAUAAUCUUUCCUUCUCCUCAAUAAGAAUUAAGACAUUUCUCUGUAAAUUCAGAUUGCAUUUCUGGAUCAGUUUAUUUUCCCUAUUCAUUUAAUAAAGGAAUGUCAUAACUGGCAA